GCUCUACUUUGAAUCCUCGAAAGUGACUUCCGGUGUCGCGUGUCUGACUUGACGCAGUCAGUCCGCUCGUUCAAUGCAGACGGUGUGACGUCAUCCAGAGUCGGUCAGCUGGCUCCUCCAUCUGAACAGCAGGGAGAGCCUCUCCCAUAGGGAGACAUCACCAUCAACGCCCGAGCCUGGCCAGCAGCAUCGGCAGCCCGCUGCAACGGGGGGACAAAACAUGGAAGAAACGAUAUUAUAGAGGCGGAUCGGGCGUCGGCGGGGAUCGGGAGCGUUAGAUUAUUUAUUUAACUAUUUAUUUAUUUAUUUCCCCUGCCAGUAAUGGCUGGGGUCCAUGGCUGCGGCUGCUGAGAGGCAGGUGCAAUAUUAUCGACGGGGGUAUUUCGUUCCUCGGCAUGGACUCAGCGAGGGCCGAUCCACAGGCUGGCCCACCCCACGCCCGCUGAGAUCAGAUGCUCUCUUCGGGAGGAGAGCGAUAGCAGGGCCGCGUCUGGAGGCGAUACAACGGGCUGGCGGUGGAGGAGGAGGGGGCCCUCUUUACAUCAAAAUAUAAAUAUAUUUUCAGUACCGAGCUCAAGGUUAUGCGCCGUCACACAACAACAUCUCGCCUUACAGGCCUGAAAAACUGUUUGAGCGCAGCCUCCUCAUCUGGAAAACAGAAGCCGGCUCCAGCUGCCAAGAUGAUGGAGCUGCAGAUAGACGAGGUGGUCUAUCAGGACGACUACGGCUCCGGCUCCGUGAUGUCGGAGCGGGUGUCGGGCCUGGCCAACAGCAUCUACCGGGAGUUCGAGCGGCUGAUCCGCAGCUAUGACGAGGAGGUGGUGAAGGAGCUGAUGCCGCUGGUCGUGAACGUCCUGGAGAACCUGGACGCGGUGCUGACCGAGAACCAGGAGCACGAAGUGGAGCUUGAGCUGCUGAAGGAGGACAACGAGCAGCUCAUCACCCAGUAUGAAAGGGAGAAAGCGCUGCGCAAGCAGGCAGAGGAGAAAUUCAUUGAAUUCGAGGAUGCGUUGGAGGCUGAGAAGAAGGACCUGCAGAUACAGGUGGAGUUUCUGGAGCUGCAGGGGAAACAGCUGGAGCUCAAGACAAAGAACUAUUCUGAUCAGAUCACUCGGUUGGAAGAGAGAGAAUCAGACAUGAAGAAAGAGUACAACGCUCUGCACCAGCGCCACACUGAGAUGAUUCAGACGUACGUGGAGCACAUAGAGCGGUCCAAAAUACAGCAGGCAGGGAGCAACAGCCAAUCAGACGGCCCCGGCUGUGGACGAACCAGCAAAGCGGAGCGGCCGCCGUCAUUGAGCCUGUACCCCAGUGGCGAGGGCAUGGUACGUGGGGGUCUGGGGGUGGCUAGGAUGAUGCCUGGGAAAGACAUCUGGCAGGUCAGCGAGCUCAGCCAGUCUACCUUCAGCUCCGCCUAUCAGGAGGAUGGAUCAGAGUCCGACUCAGUGGCAGCCACACCCAGCAGCACGGGAAGCAAGUCCAACACACCCACCUCCUCCGUCCCCUCCGCCACCGUCACCCCCAUCAACGAGGGCUUCCCCCCCCAAUCUGAGUUUGAUGUCGUACGGACUGGGAACCGCAGGAAAAGUGCCAAGCGGCUUAGCCGGAACAUGGAGGUGCAAGUUUCCCAGGAAACCAGGAAUGUCAGCAUCGGUAUGGGAAGCAGUGAUGAGUGGUCUGAGUUUCAGGAGAUCAUUGAUUCUACUCCUGAGCUGGACAUGUGUGUGGACCCCCGUAUGUAUGGAGGAGGAAACAGCCCCUCUCAGGGCAUAGUGAACGAGGCCUUCGGCAUCAACACGGACUCUCUCUACCACGAGAUCAAAGACGCCAAGUCGGACAUCAUUGGAGAUGUAGAUGCAGGCGCUGAGCUGCUAGGCGAGUUCUCAGGGAUGGGCAAAGAGGUGGAGAACCUGCUGACAGAGAACAAACAGCUCCUAGAGACCAAAAAUGCUCUCAACAUUGUGAAAAACGACCUUAUUGCCAAAGUGGACGAGCUGUCGGGGGAGCAGGAGGUGCUGAAAGAGGAGCUGGAGGCGGUGAGACAGUCCAAGAACAAGGUGGACGCCAGAGUCAAGGAGCUGGAAGAAGAACUGAAGAGGUUAAGAGCAGAGGCUCUCGGAUCGUCUCGGGACUCCAAGGAUGAAGGAGGCGAUGAUUUUUCAUCACCCAUGCAGGACGGUGAUAUGACGAUGACCCAGCGGCGACGGUUCACUCGGGUGGAGAUGGCCCGUGUGCUGAUGGAGAGGAACCAGUACAAAGAGAGGCUGAUGGAGCUGCAGGAGGCCGUACGGUGGACAGAGAUGAUCAGGGCGUCCCGGGAGAGUCCUCCAAUCCAAGAGAAGAAGAAGUCCACCAUCUGGCAGUUCUUUGCACGUCUCUUCAGCUCAUCGUCCAGCCCUCCGCCUGUCAAGCGGCCGUACUACAGUGUCAACAUCCACUACAAGUCUCCGUCGCCGGCUGGUUUCUCUCAGCGACGCAGCCACACCAUGUGUCAGAUCUCCACCUCCAACCGUACACUGGAGUUCUUCCCGGAAGAACUGGCGAGUAAUGGUGUUGCGUCUCUCCUCAGUGACUCGGCACUGUUGGCCCGCCGAGAGCAGCGGCGUGAACAGUACCGGCAGGUCCGAGAGCACAUGCGCCGUGAUGACGGCAUCAUGCAGGCCUGUGGUUGGAGCGUGCCGUCUCGCUUUAAACAGACUGGUGGUCAGACGGACAGCGCUCAGGACAGCCCGCUGAAGAGAACACAGAUGUUUCAGCCCAUGCAGCUACCACAAGAUGGCACCAAAACCACCAACGAAAAAGAGGACAACCGCAUGAAGAAUGUUCCCGUCCCGGUGUAUUGUCGCCCUCUGGUGGAGAAGGACCCCAACAGAAAGCUGUGGUGUGCAGCAGGAGUGGACCUAACAGGAUGGAGGGCCAGCAGCCAGGAGUCGGUACCAGCCAAGGCAGCGUCAGGCAGCAGCGACCCCCUGCACGCUGAGGAGGACGGAGCUGAAAAGAAGAACAGCCACACCUCCCCAGAGAAGAGGAAGUCGAAGGAGCUCCAGGAAACAGACACCAUGAGCAGUCGAGUGUGGAUCCUCACCAGCACCCACUCUGCCAGCAAGGUGGUCAUCAUCGACGCUAACCAGCCAGGCUCACUGGUCGACCAGUUUAAUGUCUGCAAUGCCCAUGUACUCUGCAUCUCCAGUGUGCCAGCUGCCAGUGAGAGCGACUACCCAGCAGGGGAGAUCGUGUUGGAUCCAGGUGAUGGAGGUGCGGGGGGAGGUGAGGACACCGGCAGCGUAGAGGGCAUGUUGGCUGGUAUCACGCUUGUGGGCUGCGCCACUAACUGCAGCGUUGCUCGUAGCAAUUGCUCCUCACGCACUGACACUCCCAUAAUGGACAAAGGACAAGCCCCUGCUGCGCCCCCCAUGAAUGGGAAGAUUCACCCGGCUCAGUCAGCUGAGGAAGCCACCGAGGCCACUGAGGUUCCAGAGUCAACGGCCAAUCACGCAGGACUGGGAUCUGGACCUCCAGGACCGUUUACUGAGCACGUCUUCACCGAUCCCCCGCCUCGUCCGGUAGACGCCUCUGACAGGGGAACAGGUCAGUCCAAAGAGGAAAUGUCUGUGCCUAUAGAGACAGAGGAUGGAGGUGAAGAGGCCAAGAACUACACCAGCGUGGCCCCCACCAUGUGGCUCGGGGCCCAGAACGGCUGGCUUUAUGUCCACUCAGCUGUCGGAAACUGGAAGAAGUGUCUCCACUCCAUCAAACUCAAAGACUCAGUGCUCAGUCUGGUGCAUGUGAAGGGUCGUGUGCUGGUUGCCCUCGCUGACGGGACCCUCGCCAUAUUCCACAGAUCAGAGGAUGGCCAAUGGGAUCUGUCCAACUACCACCUCAUGGACCUCGGCCGGCCUCAUCACUCCAUCCGCUGCAUGGCUGUGGUCCACGAUAAGGUGUGGUGCGGCUACAAGAACAAAAUCCACGUCAUUCAGCCCAAGAGCAUGCAAAUUGAAAAGUCCUUCGACGCCCACCCUCGCAGGGAGAGCCAGGUGCGGCAGCUGGCGUGGAUCGGUGACGGUGUGUGGGUGUCGAUCCGGCUAGACUCGACCCUGCGACUCUACCACGCGCACACACACCAGCACCUCCAGGAUGUGGACAUUGAGCCAUACGUCAGCAAGAUGCUGGGUACUGGCAAGCUGGGCUUCUCUUUUGUGCGAAUCACAGCUCUUCUGAUAGGUGGAAAUCGUCUGUGGGUAGGGACCGGAAACGGUGUGAUCAUCUCCAUCCCACUGACAGAGACCAAUAAGGUUUCUCCUACAUCUUCUGGAGGAGUGAUCCAUGUGUACAGUGACGAGGGCUCUGAGAAAAGUAGCGGCAGUUUCAUCCCCUACUGCUCCAUGGCACAGGCCCAGCUCUGUUUCCAUGGACACCGCGAUGCCGUCAAGUUCUUCGUCUCCGUACCCGGUAAUGUUCUGGCCACCCUGAACGGCAGUGUGCUGGACAGUCCAUCAGAGGGGCAGGGCUCCACAGCGCCCCCAGAGACGGAGGCCCAGAGUGUUCAAAACGUGUUGGUGCUGAGUGGAGGAGAGGGCUACAUUGACUUCCGUAUAGGCGAUGGAGAGGACGAUGAGACGGAGGAAGGAGAGAGUGGCGGGGCCUCGCAGAUGAAACCUGCUUUGUGCAAAGCUGAGCGGAGCCACAUCAUCGUCUGGCAGGUGUCUUACGUACCUGAGUGACACCUGGAUUUGCUUUAAUGCCUCUCCCACCCAUCUCCUUAAAAAAAAAACCCCACAAACAUCUCCUCCUCUCCCCGAAAGCUUCCAGCCACCCAAACCUUGUAAUUAUCCCCGGUCAUGUAAAAGUUCACCCUCAGCUCUAAAACGACCCUCCAAGCUGUGUAUCGUCCCUUGUAACUAUUAUACCCCCUCCUGCCCCGUCACCUUGUAACUUUAAUGCCUUGUAAGUACCUCCUCUGACCUAGUAAUCUGCCUGCCAUCCUGUUUCUGUCCCACCCAGGGCAUUGUAACUAUCUUCAUGAGCCUUGUAACCCAGCCUCAUAACUACCUCCCACCUCUGUAUCGAUCUUAUAUUCACCCUGUAAGCACACUGUAUCUCCUUCUAUAUUUACCUUAAUUGUCCUGCAUCUGCCCCACAGUUACUCCUCUUCUUCCUCCAUUUAGUUUGUCAUCUGUGAAGCCUCCACUUUGUGUUAAAGCAAAGACCAGAGCCCCAACAUGCAUCAGUUGUACCAAAAAAAAAACAAAACAACAAAAACAAAAAGCAGGUGCAGCAAUGAGAUAGUAAAGGUGUUUGGGUUUGUUUAAACUUUGAGGGAAAAUGAAGAUAAGCCGACACGUAACAAACGAAAAGUCAGAAUCACUCAAAUUCAGCACAGGCGUCUGGGCUUUUUUUGGCUGUUACCUGAAAUAUUUUGCAUCUUGCAGUCACCUCUGUUUGAAGUGUCUCCAUUAAAGACACGUUUGCUCACUUUCUACCCCUGAUGAAAGCCGUCAGUGUGUGGUAACAGACCUCAAGUGACAGGAAAUAUCUGGUGAUGUCACGUCUACAUGCUGGAGUCGUGUGAACAGGGUUUGCGGGAAACGCAGUCAAAAAGGUGUCGCUCUUAACGUGUCGAGGGUUUCGACUCAUUUCCCUCAUCUGACUGGCUGUUGAUCGGACGGUUCGGUGUAAAGCAGGUGCACGGUGGUGUGUUGUCAUUAAGUGUACAGGGAUGAUUGUAAAUCUCCAGACACGCUGAAGCCCAUCCUCUUUGUUCAGUAUGGAAAUUCAUGCAUUGAUCUCUAUCUGUGUGGAUUAAAUAUUAAACAUAUUUGUGUGCUGAAAAACAGU